AUGGACGUGCUUCUAUCUCUGCCGAUCCUCUCAUACUUCGCAGCACCAGCACUGACGUCCUGGUCAACGUCUCUCAACCUGCUCUUCUUUUACAUGACAUGGACUACACUGGUCCUUACGUAUUCACCGCUCAAGAUCGAGCUCGUCGGGACACUCGCAGUCCGCCUCACACUGUGGCUUACACCCUCCUUCCUCUUCUUGUUAUUUGAUAUUGGCGUACCGAGUCUAUCCGAGUCAAUCAAGUUUCAUGGAUCGUCGUCUCUACCGCGGCGUGAUGCCGCGUCGCUGCUUAAGAAGCUUGCCCUCGCGGUCAUCAACCUACUGCUCUUCACCGUCGUUCAGGCCGGCUUGUCGAUCAGCGCAACGGUAUUGCUAAAGGAUCCAGUAUUCAAAACAUCCACGGCGUUGCCCCUGCCCUGGCAAAUUAUCAAGCAAAUCGGAUUGCUCUACACAUCGCGCGAAAUUUUCACAUACUAUAUCCACCGCAACAUUCUGCACUCGCGCGGUGCACUGGCUAAUCUUCAUGGGAAGUUCGCUCAUGCGCAUCGCGGGGCGCCGUACUCACUAAUGCUCUACGCCGACCACCCACUACCGUUGAUGCUUCACCGACUAUUGCCCGUCUACAUUCCGUCGCUCCUGAUCCGCCCGCACUUACUCACAUACAUUAUGUUCACCGUCUUGACGACCAUUGAAGAAAUGUUGUCCAUGUCGGGAUACAGUGUUGUGCCAGGGAUAAUCAUGGGAGGCAUCACACGACGAACGGCCACGCAUUAUGCCAGCGGCGGUCGCGGAAACUUUGGUACGUGGGGAUUGUUGGACUGGGUCAAUGGUACAAGUGUGGGGAAGGAUGUGAUGGAGGAUUUCCACGAGGAGGCAGAUAAGCACCAAAUGAAGCAUCGAGGUCACAAGGCAGCGAAUGAUACAGGCAACUUCGUUCAAGACAGCAUUAACGGAUGGAAGAAAGGGAAGAGGAGCAGCAGGAGAAAGAACUAG